AUGGCGUUUCAACCAGUAAAUCCAAAACCUUUUUUACAAGAAUUAACAGGUAAACCCGUUAUGAUACGUUUGAAAUGGGGUAUGGAAUAUAAAGGGUACUUGAUGUCGGUUGAUUCUUAUAUGAAUAUACAACUUGCUAACACAGAAGAAUUUAUCGAUGGCAAUUCAACUGGUGCACUUGGUGAAGUAUUGAUUAGAUGUAAUAAUGUUCUAUAUAUUCGAGGAAUUGAAGAGGAUACAGAAAUGAGUGGUGGAACGUAA